GAAAUAUGGGUAUUACGGGUCUGAUACCGUUCCUGGAAAAGGCAUCAAGGCGGGCCAAUGUUAGUGAAUUUAGUGGGAGCACCGUAGCUAUAGACUCAUAUUGCUGGCUCCACAAGGGAGCUUUUGCCUGUGCCGAUAAACUAGUUCGGGGAGAAACAACUGAUAUUCAUAUAAGAUAUUGCUUGAAAUAUGUGACAAUGCUCUUAUCCAAGAACAUCAAACCCAUAUUGGUGUUUGAUGGACGCCACUUGCCCGCUAAAGCAAUGACUGAAUCUAAAAGAAGAGAGUCUCGAGACAUAUCUAAGAAAAGAGCUGCUGAAUUACUUAGCCUUGGAAAGAUAGACGAAGCCAGGUCUUACAUGCGGCGCAGUGUGGAUAUAACCCACGCAAUGGCUCUAGCGCUCAUCCAAGAAUGCCGUAAGAGAAAUGUGGACUGCAUAGUAGCCCCCUACGAGGCUGAUGCUCAGUUAGCCUACCUAAAUAUCAAGAAUAUCGCCCAUCUAGUCAUCACUGAGGAUUCUGACUUGAUACUGUUUGGGUGUACAAAGGUGCUAUUCAAAAUGGACUUAGACGGCACUGGUACUCUCGUAGACACAACGAAGCUGCCACUCGUCAUGAAGUGUCCCAUCGAGCACUAUUCCUUCGACAAGUUCCGGCAGAUGUGUAUAAUGUCGGGCUGCGACUACCUCGCGUCGCUACCAGGCAUCGGGCUGGCCAAAGCCAGGCAGUUUGUUACUGCUACACAGGACUCCAACUUUGCUAAUGCGCUUAGAAAACUGCCGAGUUUCUUCAACAAAUCGUCGUUGACGGUCACAGACGAGUACCGGGAGAACUUCCUGAAGGCGGAGGCGACGUUCAAACACCAGUACGUGUACGACCCUUUGGAGAGAAAGAUGGUGCGGCUCACUGAGCCGGAUGACGAAGAUAUUGAAACAGCACUCUGCGUGAACGCAGGCGAACUCUUAGACCCUCACACUGCGUUUCAGUUGGCGCUGGGAAACCUCGACCCUUUCACCCUGAAGAAGAUGGACGACUGGCACCCAGAUACAAGUGUUUUGGACGGUAACAUCAAGACAGCCAGCUGGAAAGAAAAAGGCGUUUCAACUCACCCUAGCAUCUGGAAGCCUGACUUCGCUGCACACUUGGCCGACUGCAGUCCUUGGGCGAAGAAGACGAAGCCAGUGGAAGCGAUCAUAGCAGCCCCACUCACGAGGCCUAGGAAGAAAGUGGUCAGCUUGGUCAGCAAGUAUGUGGCUGAAACGCAGGACGAAAGCCUAACAAUAGAAUCACUAAGCAGUAUGUACUGCAAAGAACCGGCUUCUAAGAAGCUAAAAAUGGACUGUGAUACUCUAGAUAGUGAAACAUUUACGCAGAACACGUCAAGUGACCACGACAUCGCUAUAAUUGAAGACUCUACCCAAGACUUGCCAUCACAGACCCGCAAAUCUCCUAUACUAGAAAAUAAGGACAGAUCAUACAAAAAGAGUCUAAACAGUUACUCAGUAUUGAAAAAACUGAGUAGAUUUCCUCGAACUGUGUUAGGUGAUAACGUCGUAGAAAGUAAGUUCUUUAAUUCUACCUCAACUUCUGAAUCUCCCUCGAAGGACCAAAAAGACUUAUCGCGAACCAGUAUUGUGAUAGAGGAAUCUCCGGAUAAACCGAGCAGGAAUCCAUUUAAAUUAAGAUCUCCGGAAUGCAGCCGGACUCUGUUGAUUGAUACUCAAUGUAUGGAAAUACCAGAUUCACAAUUAGACAGUUCUCAAAAGGAGAAUUCUCCGCAGAAUUCUCCGGUUAAAAGGGAGAGGAGUCCUAUACUUGAGCCGAGCCCUAUAAGCAGGAAUCCGUUUAAGUUGAAAGCUGAGAUGGUGCAAGCAGUGAUGGAGCGACUGACAGAAGACUCUGUGAUAGAUAAUACGUAUCCGCUAGAAGAAUUGGUGACUCCGGUUGACUCACAGGUGUCAUACGGGGAAUCCCCUCCCAAACCCAAGCUGUCCUGGCCGAGCCAAUCGCAGAAAGUCCUCGCAGAGAGAAUGCCGUCAACUGUCAACGGUAUAAAGAAAACCAGCAAGGCUCCCGCUGUGAAGAGGACCAACUCGCUGCCGUCCAACCAGCCCACUUUGCUGAGUAAAUUCGGGUUUCAAAAGAAGGCGGUGAUGAAAAGGUGAUAAAUGAAAAAUUAUGGUAUCUUUUGUUUUUUGUUGACAUAAUUUCUAAUAUGCAUUUGAAAUUGCAUUUACAUAUUCAGUUGUGUUGAUCUGUUGUAAAAUGUGAUUAUGAUAUUGAGUACUUUAUGUUAUGUUAAAGUUUUUACUGUAAGAAUAAAUGAUUAUCUUAACUUAACUA